UAGCAAUCCGCACAGUUCGCAUCGAGACUCCGAGCAGAGCGGCAGGCACAGGCAGAGUUGCAGUUGCAGAUACAGAUACAGAUAGAGAUACAGAUACAGCGGAUCGAGACCAGAUACACAGGCUAUACUGAGGCUACUUAAGAACCCAUCCCCAGUGAAGAAAACCAAAGGAAGAGCAGUGUGAACAUGCCGUUCCCCAUCCAUCCGCCCAAGCAGAUGCCCUGCCCCCACUGGCAGCACUUCCCCAUCAGUCCCGUGGACAGCAAGCCCAAUCCCUUUGACUCCGCGGGCGGAGCGGCGGCAGCGCCCACCCAGGUCAGCAUGGGGGUCAACAAGCCCCCGGAGCCGCUAUCCUAUAGCUACUGCUUACAGUGUAAGGCCUCCGGUAAGGAGUCAUCGAACACAGUCGACAGGGAGUAAGUUCUACCCAAAAACUUUGGAGGAGACCCUUUCAACCCAACCAAUCGGCCAUCGCCUGUAAUCAGCCACUUCAGCAGAGGACACACACUUGGAAAGCCCGUUAAAAAGAAAACAAUCACCGAAAGCGCAGAACAAAGUUUUGAUUUCAAGAGAUAAACCCCAUUUUCCAUUUAAAAAUCAAAGAUAACUAUAACGCAUCCCAACAAACCAUCCUUUUUUUUCUGUGCUGUUAUUAUAUCAUUUGGAAAUGGAUGCGAUCCUUAAAGCAUGCUUACAUACCUAGAACUGAUAUUU